CGCGUCUUCGUCGUCUAGGCAACCGCGACCGCCGCGCGCGGAGCAGCUCUGUGUACCACGUGACUUUUUUAACGCGCGGCCGAAAUACUCUCCCGCUGAAAAGGCGGCAGCGUUCGACCUCGACGGUUGCGGUUAUAGUGUACUAGAAUAAUCGUUGCGGUAGUUGCGGUAGGCAGUUGUCAGUUUCUUUCGACAACAUUAGCCUGCUUCAACCGGCCAAGGGCAUCGUCGAUAUGAGUGGAAUGUCGGUAGCCGACCUAGUCAAGUGCCGCGACGCCUCCGUGCUGCUGGGUGCGUUCAACAUGCAUACCAACGACGACGGAGACGACGAAAUCCACGACUUUUUUUUCGCUCCCGGACUCGAGCGUCUGGAGCUCCUUUGCUGGGUGCUCGUCGCCAUCGACCCGUCGGGAAAACACGAACGAGAACUGAACACCGGCGAGGACAGCGCAGCGGCACUGACGAAGCGCGCGACGUCAGUGCUGUCGCAUCUGAACCCGCGUCGCGUCAAGGAGUUCGCCGCUUUCGCCAGAGGCACGGCUCCUGUAAGCAAACAGAAGCCCAUCUGGGAGCUGCUCCUGGGCACCGCCGAGUUCGUCCAGAAUCUUGAGGAGGGAUCUUCGGGGUCCUCUGCCGCAUCUUGCGCAGCGGACAUGACGUUCAAGCCCACGGUGGCCUCUACGCCCAUGCCGCAGGCUGAGCCGACUGUGGCCUCAUUGUCUAAUAUGAAGCACGAGGGAAAGGCUGCCAAGUGUCUCUGGCAAUCUGAUGACCUGGCUGCACCUGGAGUAAAGUCAGCAGCUGGGACAGAUCCUGUAGACCAUGUGAUUGAGCAGCUGGAGGAGGCGAUCCUGGUAAGCAAGAAAAGGCUGGCUGCUUUGGAGGCAUCCCAGGAGCCCGAAGAGCCACCACUGGACGCGCCGCUCUGUGCGAGGUACCGUCGAGCUGCCGAGGAACUUGCCAGGGCUGGCGAUUGCAUGGCACAGGUGCCUCCACCUCGCGUGCCGCCUGUGGUACUUGACGAGGAAGGCGAGAAGCUCAUUGCAGACACCCUGAAUUUCCUCAGGGCCUUCAGGAACAACGUGUGCUACGCAACUCUGCUCAACGCGAUGGAAGGCCAUGCUCAGAAGGGCAGGUCACGUGACACUGGACCCAAGAAGUGAAUAGGUGGACAAGUGAAAGCUACCUUCCGUGAAAAAUGCAUGGACUGCACGUCCAAGGGGACCAAGCGAAGGAGAAAGGGCACUUCAAGGAAGAACAUUGACGUGCACCCACAAACUCGAAUGCACCCAAGGCUAUGGUAGUCGAGAAGAGUGCGAGAGUUUCUUAUUUAUUUAUGCUUUCAGUUCUUUAGUUACUUUAAUAAAUUUAUUGCAAAAUGCGCA